AUGCCAAUCAUGCAUUUAGCAGAUGAAACUGCACUAUUCUGGAAAAAGUUACCAGAUAAAACACUUGCGCUGCGCACCGAAAAAACAGCACCUGGGCGUAAAAUUGGUAAGGAGCGAAUCACGUUAUUGGUUUGUUGCAAUGCAUCCGGAGAACAUAAGCUAAAAUUGUUAAUGAUCGGGAAAGCGAAAAAUCCUAGGGUGUUCAAACAGGUGAAGCUGCCAUUGGAGUAUGCUAACAGCAAGAAUGCGUGGAUGACAGAGAUGAUUUUUAGAAACUGGUUUAAGAAUUCAUUUGUUGUACAAGUGCGGAAACAUUUAAAAGAGAAAAAUUUGCCAGUAAAAGCACUUUUAUUGUUGGAUAAUACCACCUGUCAUCCAUUGUCAUUAGCUAGCUCCGAAGAAGAUAUAUGCGUAAUGUUUUUACCCCCCAAUUGCACAGCAUUAGUCCAACCCAUGGAUCAAAAUGCUAUUCGAAUUCUGAAAGUGAACUAUCGUAAAAGUUUCUUAUCAUUCAUGUUAUCAAAUUUAACCGAUAAUUUGACGGAUGUUAUUAAAAAGUUUUCUUUAAAAGACGUUGCAUUUUUGGUGACGAAUGCUUGGAACGCAGUAGGCACUAAUAUACUUCAAAAAUGUUUCAACAGAAUCUUGAAACACGAAGAAUGGGAUUCGGGUGACGACUUGCCCCUUGCGCAAUUACGCUCUAAUCACUUAAGUGAAGUAAUCGACCUGCUGGUUGAAAUAAGUCCGGAUGUGUAUCAGAAUAAUGAAAUUACUGAAUGGAUAAAUGACGAAGAUAUAGAUCAAGGAGAGCAAAGUGAGGAGGACGAAGAAAUUGAGGACGAUAUUUUAGAAGGAAAUGAUAAUCCAAUCCCAAAAAUAUCCCAUUCAGAUGCUAUUGCCGCAUUAAACACUUGCAUACAAUAUGCUGAAGAGCAGGAUUUAAGGUCCGAAGAUAUUUUGAAACUUAUUGGCCUAAGAGAGAUAGCUUAUACAAAUCGCAAUGAAACCAAACUUCGUCAGACCAAAAUCACGAAUUUUCUUCAACAAUAGCAUACAACUUAAUACAACAUUAUUUUCAUGAAUUAAAGUUUUGUGUUAUUUUACAUUUGUAUGUAAUAAA